GCAGCUGGACAGGCGGCUUUCCCCAGAGCAGUCUAGGGGACCGUUGCUGAGCAGGCCUGGGACCCCGGGUCGCGGCACCUCUUGCCUGCCCCUCUCCAAUUCAUCUGCCGGGUCCCGAAUAAGCUAACCCAAGCACGUGCCAGACGGGUGGGCUGGACUGAGAGAAUCUUCUGAGCUGGUGACAGGUGCCACGGGCACUGGAGACAGACAGAGCUAGAGGCAAGCAAGAUGGCAGACGAGGCAUUAGCUGGGCUAGACGAGGGAGCCCUUCGGAAGCUGCUAGAGGUCACAGCGGAUCUGGCAGAGCGGCGGCGCAUUCGCUCGGCCAUCCGGGAGUUGCAGCGGCAGGAGCUGGAGCGUGAGGAGGAGGCCCUGGCAUCCAAGCGCUUCCGUGCUGAGCGGCAGGACAACAAGGAGAACUGGCUGCAUUCUCAGCAGAGGGAAGCCGAGCAGCGGGCUGCCCUGGCACGGCUGGCAGGGCGGCUAGAGUCCAUGAGUGAUGUAGAAGAGCUGACCAAGCUGUUGCGAAGUGCCAGUGAAUAUGAGGAACGCAAGCUGAUUCGAGCCGCCAUCCGCCGCAUACGGGCUCAGGAGAUUGAGGCUGCCACCUUGGCUGGGAGGUUGUGCAGUGGGCAUCCCAACAGCGGCUCAACAGAGGACAGCAAGGGGCGGGCAGCACGCAGGCUAGAACGGUGUGAGGUACCAGAGCAAAAGGAACAGGAACAGCAAGCAGAGGUUCCGGAGUCAACCCCAACCCCUGAGGGCACCAGCCAUGAUGUGACCACAGUGACACUCCUGCUGUCAGCCCCAGCUGGAGGCACACCCAGCUCACCUGCCUCCCCCAACAGUUCACCCACCACUGUCUCUCCUGAGCCUCCACUGGAGCCUGCAGAGGCCCAGUGUUCUGCAGCUGAGGCCCCAGGCAGCCCUGAGCCACCCCCUAGCCCACCCAAGGCCACCAGCACUGAGCCCCAGGAGUCUCCAGCAUCUCCCAGCACUGAGAGGCAGGUUGUCAACAAGCUCCUGUCUGGCCCCACAGAGCCCCCUGCUGCCCAGAGCUCUACCAGAGACCCCUCUAACACCAAGAGAGCAGACCUGGCUGGAUCCGGGCCCUGCCAGCGCCCUCUGUCCGUGCUCAAACCCCGCCAGCCAGCCCAGAACCGAGAGUCCACCCCCCUUGCCAGUGGAUCUUCCCCGUUCCAGCGGGCUGGCUCUGUGCGGGACCGAGUCCUCAAGUUCACAUUUGAUUCUCCUUUGGCUGCUAGGCUCCGGGACGGCCCACCCCAUGCUGCCCUAGGUUCCCCGAUCUCCACAAGGCUCCUGGGCCCCUCCCUCACCAGCACUACCCCUGCCUCCUCCUCCAGUGGCUCCUCCUCCCACGGCCCCAGUGACACCCCUUCUGGGUUCAGCAAGGAGCAAGGAAGAACAGCCCGAUCCCUGGCCCAGCAUCGGAGCUGCCCUCCGGAGGAGGGCCCAGGAGGGCGGGGCUUAGCUGCCAGGCCCCUUGAAAACGGAGCAGGGGGGCCCGUGGCCUGCUCAGAAGAGCCCAGUGCCCCACUGCCCGUGGCUGUCGGCAUUGCCGAGCCAGGAGGUAAUAUGAAGACCACGUUCACCAUCGAGAUCAAGGAUGGCCGUGGCCAGGCCUCCACUGGCCGGGUGCUAUUGCCCACAGUCAACCAGAGGGCAGAACUGACGCUGGGGCUGCGUGCGCCCCCUACCCUCCUCAGCACCAGCAGUCGUGGCAAGAACACCAUCACCCAUGUCAGUGGCCCUGGGACCCUGGCCCGGCCGGGCAGUGUUAAUCACAUCACCAGCUUCAGCCAUGCCUCCCCUGGUAGCCAAGGAGGCUGCAGCAUUAAGAUGGAACCAGAGCCAGCAGAGCCUCCCUCUGCAGCAGUGGAAACAGCCAAUGGUACUGAGCAGACCCGGGUGGACAAAGCACCAGGUGGGCGGAGCCCACUGAGCACCCAGGAGCUGAUGGCUAUCGAGGAUGAAGGGGUCCUAGACAAGAUGCUGGAUCAGACCACAGACUUUGAAGAGCGGAAGCUUAUCCGGGCUGCGCUGCGUGAGCUCCGACAAAGGAAGAGAGACCAGAGGGACAAGGAGCGAGAACGGCGGCUGCAGGAGGCACGGGCUCGACCAGGGGAGAACCGCGGCAACACAGCCACUGAGACCACAACGCGGCACAGCCAGCGGGCAGCCAAUGGCUCAGCUGUCAGCACUGUUACCAAGACUGAGCGGCUUGUCCAUUCUAAUGAUGGCAUAAGGACGGCCCGCACCACCACAGUGGAGUCAAGUUUCGUGAGGCGCUCAGAGAAUGGUAGUGGCAGCAGCACAAUGCAAACCAAGACCUUUUCCUCAUCCUCCUCAUCCUCAUCCAAGAAGAUGGGCAGCAUCUUCGACCGCGAGGACCAGGCAAGCCCACGACCCGGCAGCCUAGCGGCGCUAGAGAAGCGCCAGGCAGAGAAGAAGAAAGAGCUGAUGAAGGCACAGAGCCUGCCCAAGACUUCGGCUUCCCAGGCGCGCAAGGCCAUGAUUGAGAAACUAGAGAAGGAAGGCGCUGCGGGCAGCCCGGGCGGACCCCGAGCAACAGUGCAGCGGUCCACCAGUUUUGGGGUCCCCAAUGCCAAUAGCAUUAAGCAGAUGUUGCUGGACUGGUGCCGAGCCAAGACACGUGGCUACCAGCACGUGGACAUUCAGAACUUCUCUUCAAGUUGGAGUGAUGGGAUGGCUUUCUGUGCCCUAGUGCACAACUUCUUCCCUGAGGCCUUUGACUAUGGGCAGCUUAGCCCUCAAAACCGGCGCCAGAACUUCGAAGUGGCCUUCUCAUCGGCUGAGACCCAUGCGGACUGCCCGCAACUCCUGGAUACAGAGGACAUGGUGCGGCUUCGAGAGCCUGACUGGAAGUGCGUGUACACGUACAUCCAGGAGUUCUACCGCUGUCUGGUCCAGAAGGGGCUGGUAAAAACCAAAAAAUCCUAACCCCUGCUUGGGGCCCCACGGAUGCUAGUGGACUGCGUGCCCCUGGUGGAGGUAGAGGACAUGAUGAUCAUGGGCAAGAAGCCCGACCCCAAGUGCGUCUUCACCUACGUGCAGUCGCUCUACAACCACCUUCGGCGCCACGAGCUGCGCCUGCGCGGCAAGAAUGUGUAGCCUCCGCCCGCACGGCCUGCCGGCUGCAAGCUGCCACCCCGACCCUCUGGGCACAAUCCUCUCGUGCGCCUGCCCACUGCUGCCCUGUCUGUCGCGACACCCUCCCCGGCACACGCAGCGUUUUGAUAAAUUAUUGGUUUUCAAUGA